UUAAAUCCCCUGUCUUUGCGUACAUGCCAACAUGAACACCGACUGAAACACGCGCGACUUACGCUCGUUCAGAGGACCUUCGGUUUGCGUUUAAUACCCCCAAAAUAUUUCGUGUGUGUGAUUUUUAAAAAGCUUCGUUUCCGUGCCAGCGUUUACAAAGUUGGGAGAGGACGGCUGUGAGGUGAAGUCUGUGCUGCUAGGUCACACCGCUCGCUGCUAACCCACCUAUCUAACUGGGGCUGAGUGCAAAUGGCAGAGCAGGAGGAGCAGCCGUUAACCGCGUCCGGUACGCCGACGUCGGGCCCGUCGCGGACCGGGAGAGCGGUGGCCUUAGCCCGGCUACUUCACAGUGAAUGUACCGAUCUGCUGCGGCUAUACAAAGAGAGGGAGACCUUCUUGUCAAACCACACCCCAGAUGGCGGACGCAUGGUUUCCCUAUCCCCAGAGGUUGAGGAGCCCAGCGCUGAGGAGCAGGUGCAACUGCUGCACUCAGCUUUGCGGCAGUGCCUGGGGCUACUGCACUGUGUUAUCCUGAAGGAAGAAGAGGAAUGGGGCCAGCUGGAGGGCGACUACGAAACCAUGAAGAAGACUGUCCGUGCCCGGCUGGAGCACUUGCUCUUCAGCACCAAAGAUUUAGUAGAGACUGAAGGCACAACCCUGGAGGUCACCCCAGAUCACCAGUGUAAUGAGGAAGUUGAUGGCGCAGGGGGAGUUUUCAGCCUCAAAAUGUGGACCUACCGAGUGCUGCUGGAACUAAUCCACUGGGCUGAUCAUGCUGCACAGACCCUCCAUGUCUUACACAAAGAGAGAGAGGGAACAGGGGAGAUCUAAAUUCCUGUGUUUCACUUCAACAUCUAUGAAUGAACUUAUCCAACACUAACAGACAACCUUAUGUAUUCCACAUUAAAAAUGUAAACUGAUAUAGCCUGUACUCUGUCAACAGCUGAGGAUCAAAGUGCACUGCUUAACUAAAACUACAACUAAGCCCCUGAAACAAAGCCAAAUAGACAGCUUUUCCCAGACAUUGGUAUUUCUACACUAGGCGCUAGAAUGACCUCUAGUUUUCCAAUGUUUGGUAUUUCCUUUAACAACAAAAGUGCAGGCUUAUUUAAGGUUGGUUUUUCAGUAUGCAAUGCCAGUGUUAGACUUGUCUUUUUUAGUGUGCUGUGUUAUUUAUUUAAAUAUAUUUCCUCUGAUUAUCUGCUGUUUAAAACACUCCUGACUCUACUAACCUCUAGAAUGUAGCCAAAAAUAUAUGACUGAUAAACUGUGACUGAUAAACAGCUAAAUGUGUAUCAAUUUACUGUUCUUAGCUGUUAAUGUGUAUCAUUAGUAUCAUAUCUAACCAAAAUAACUGACAAUCUGAUUUGUUUUCAUUUGCUGCAUAAUUACCUUAUGUGUGGUUUGGCACAGUCUGUGACAAAAUUCUGCUGCUUCAUCACCAAGUUUUUUUCCUAUUGUUAUACUUGAAUGUGCAGAUGCACUGUCCACAUCUGAACCGUUAGAUCAUUUGGUUUCUGCCAGUUCCCUUUUUAUUGGAAGCCAGAAAUUGUGUGUGAACUACUAUACCGAAGUGAUAUUUUACAGUAUUGCUGUAUUGUCUGUAGCCAGAAGCAUCAAACAUUUCGUACCAACUCUUGCCAUUUCACUUUAAUCUGACACUGCAUACACUGAGUGAACUGAGGUCUGGCUUUCAGAUCUGCUAGUAUGAUGAAUUUCUGAAUACUGUGCUUUAUUUCUGUGAAAAUUAACUGGAUGUGCAUUUAAGAUUAAAAACACUAUAUUAAUCA